AUGAGCCGUCAGAAUGUUCCCGAUAGAGUUGUACACGCCAAAGGUAUCGGUGCUUUUGGUGUAUUCGAAGCGACCGAUGAUAUUUCUGACGUCUGCAAAGCCAAGGUGUUCAAGGUGGGUCAAAAGACUCGUGUUCUAGCUCGUUUUUCACUUGGUCCUGACAGUAGCGGCCCCGUUGACACAAUUCAUGAAGCACGUGGUUUUGCAGUCAAGAUGUACACUGAUGAGGGUAUUUGGGAUUUAGUUACUACCAGUUCGCCUGUGUUCUUCAUUCGAAAUCCGAUUUUAUUUCCUGAAUUGGCUCGUGCGCUGAAACGUAAUCCGCAAACAAACAUGAAAGAUCCCAAUGUAUACUGGAACUUCAUAGCGAAUCAUGUUGAAACUGUGCAUCAAAUCAUUAUGAUUAACUCUGACCGUGGCGUACCCGACAGCUUUCGAUUUAUAAACGGAUAUGGUGCACAUACAUUCAAAAUGAUCAACAAUAAGAAUGAAUAUGUCUGGGUUAAGUUUCACUUUCGGUGCGAUCAGUGCAUCCGGAGCGGAGGUACGAGAAAAGUGAAACUGAUGCCAGGCGAACAUCCAACUUUGUCGGAAGCUGAUUUAUCCGAGGCAAUCGCUGCAAAGAAUUAUCCCAGUUGGACACUGUACAUUCAAGUCAUGACUGAUGAGCAAGCCAAAUUGUGUCCAUUUAAUGCAUUUGAUAUGACGAAAAUAUUCUCGCACAAACUAUACCCUUUACGUAAAGUGGGUAAACUAAUACUAAACGAAAAUCCGACUAAUUACGCUUCUCAAAUUGAGCAAGCGGCUUUUACUCCUGCCAAUUUACCGCCUGGUAUCGAUGUAUCGCCUGAUCAAAUAUUGCGAAUGCGUAUAUCUGCCUACAUCGAUGCGCAGCAACGUCGACUCGGCCCAAACAGUCGACUCAUUCCUGUCAAUAAUCCAGAAACGAAUCAUAAUUUUCGAAAAGUACACCCUGACAGUCUUAAUAAUGAACAAGCAGUGGCUAAACACAAUGCUCAUGCUGGACCUGGAAAUAUGCCCUUUGAAGAUGAUUUUUACCAACCACGUAACUUCUAUCGACAUGUGUUGGACAGCCAAGGUCGUGCGCAUUUGAUCAACAAUAUUGCCCGAAGUUUAUCACAAUGUACUGACAAAAAUGUCAUUCAGCGUACGUUGAAUCUUCUAUCUAACGUUGAUAUCGAUUUUGGACGUGCACUAACAACGAAAGUGAAUGGCUAA